CGAAGGGGCAGCCAUGUUGAAUUUUUGCCGAAUGGCUAGCUGUCAUUCUCGGGUGAAAAAAUCUAUUCUUUCACAUUUUCGACGAGAUUUGCUCCUAAGCAAUCGGUAUAAGAUAUCACAUUAAUAUUUUUUCCGGUUUGCCCAACUAAUAUAAGUAUAAACACGCGUCGCUUGCAACCCUGUUGUUAUUGUUGUUGCCAAACAUAAAAGUGAUAAGCGCGCCGCUUUUCUCUGCGGCGGCUGCAGAAAAUUGUGAAUUUUUCGCGUUUUAGUGCGAAACUUGGUGCGCAUUGCAGGGCACUAGAUCCAGAGCCCCGGAUACGGAACAGAAAUCAUGAGUAGCAGUACUCCGGGGAGCGAAAGUGCCCUGACGAAGGUAGGGACUCCUUCGCCAUCGCCACUGGCGAAAAUGGAAGCGGAUUUUACGAGCUCCAAGUUCGAGAUGCACCCCUCGCUUUCGGACGAGGAACGCCGCUUCUACCUGAAGAUGUACCCCAAUGUGGAUCUGGUGAACCAGCGAAGAGUGCACUGCACCGUGUGCAAACUGCACCUGGGCACAGCUCCCGCCGCCGAGAGCAACAUCAAGAUGCAUCCCAUACUGCGGGUGACGCACUGCGUCAAAUGUCACGAUUUUUACAACAGCGGCGAGUUCUCCAAGGGCGAGGAUGGCUCUGAGCUGUACUGCCGCUGGUGCGGACAGGGUGGCGAGGUAUACUGCUGCUCCACCUGUCCGUACGUCUUCUGCAAGUCCUGCAUUGUGAAGAAUCUUUCCAAGGGCGUCAUCGUAGACAUAGAGCAAAACGAGCACUGGAACUGCUUCAGCUGCACCUCCAAGAUCCUCUGGCCACUGCGCGCCCAGCACUGGGCGCUGGUCAACUAUCUCCAGACGCAGAAAAGAGCCCUGCAGACCCUACAGCUGCCCGAGGUGGAGGCUCGACGCCAAAUGCUGAAGGAUAGCAGCAACUGCUGCCGCUUGGCCAAGUCGAAAACCAGUAGUUUAUCCGACUCCAUGGAGAGCUUGGAGUCCAAUGUCUCCAGGCGCAGCCAGGGCAGCUCUGCGGGCUCGAGUAAGCGAGGUUCCUUGCCGAAAACCAUUCCUCAGGGACCGCCAACCAAACGUUCGAAAGCUUCCAACGACGAGGUGGUCUGCACACCGGAUUUGCUUAGCAUGCUGGAGCCGGAUUGCCAGCUUUCUGUUACCCCCAAGCCUACUGGCCGCCAGCCGGUGAAAGCGGCGAAUAUAACAACCACUCCAAGGAUUGUCACCGUCCAGCAAAACUACCAACCGGGACCAAGUUCCAGUAACAGCAGCAGCAAUGGAAGCGCAACUGGUUCCUCAUCGGUGCCACCGCCACGUAGUAGUCUGCCACCACCUCUGGUUCUCAGUGGAUCUGGAAUCCGCUACCGCCAAAAUGCUCCUGGUGGGGUCUCGGGUGUAGUGCGUCGCACUGUAGUCCCCAACUCGGUGAAGACCACUGGGCCAGUCUUUCACACAAUCAAUGGAUUCAAAGUGGAUUUGAAUAGCGCUGCAGAACAGGAUUCCUACCGCCUGCCCAAUGGUCGACUAAUUCAAGUUAAACGUCAGCUACCCCAGGCCAGCCAGCCGGCACCAACCCCACCAGCACCGCCUGCCUUGGUCGUUCCUCAAGUGGGACCGGGCGUGGUUAUCCGACCGCGGGCUCCGGUUUCGUCUAAUAGGCCAUCACUGCAUAUCAGCACAUACGGCUCUAACAUGGGCAUCUAUAACCCGCAGACGAACCAGCAGCAGCGGGCUCCGCAUGUGCGAGUUGCAAACGCCAAUCCAGCGCCUCCACCGCUACAAGGUCCUCCGCCCAACGUCAAUGGCGGUCAAACUCUCAUGAUUACUCCAGCACCUCCACCACCGCCCAAAGGUCCAACUUUGGUUCGUCACACUUUCCCCAACACGCCGAUGGGUCAGGCACGGACGCAGCUGCAGGAGCAAAUCUUUAGCGCCAUGGACAUCUGCACUCACCUCUCCGGCAAAGUGGUAUCCCUUACCCACUCGAACGCCUACAACCAGGUGCGCAGUUAUCUGGAACUGAAGGAGCUGUACAUCCACAUGUCCUAUUUGAUGACAUAUGCGAUUGGCCGGUUCAAGAACUUGCAGGAGAAGUGCUUGGUGGACAUGCGAGAGAAGGGUUUUAAGAAUGACGCCAACAGUCUGGAGAAUGGUCAAUUAGCUGCUGAUAAACAAGCUAGCGAUGACGAAGAUAACGAAAUCGAGAUUGUGGAGCCCAAAACGGACACCAUCACCAUUGAUUCGGACAACGAAGAUGACACGCCUUCCACCUCGACCGCGACACAACAGCCACAGCAAGCGGCUAUCAUGAAGAUAACAUCUGUGACAUCGGCGGCGCCGAAAAAGGAACUGCAAGAGAACAACCAGGCCGACAUCGACGUGGCUGCAUUCAGCUCCACAAUAUUGGCCAGCCUGCUGGAAGUGGAGGUCAACGAAGGCGCCAGUGAGCCCAAGCCCGUCUCGCCUGGCCAAAAGAAGCAGCCACGCAAGAAGACGACAAAUAAGCCAAACCCGGCACUUUUGCAAUUGGAACGUCAACGCAUGGAGGACAUGAAGAAAUUCGAUGCAAAGCUGAAAAUGAAGGUCAUGGUCAAUCUGAGGCGAGCUGAGGAUGAGUUCGAGGUGGCGCGAAAAUGGGUUGAGGAAUGCAGGAAACAGGAGCAGGAACUGGCCACCAAGAUAAAGGACUCGAAUGUCGCAACCCUAACAAACGAAACCCACAAGCCUUCAGAAGCACCAAGUGAAAAUCCGAAAAUUUCAAAGGAACACGGUGAGGUUGAUAAGGAAAAAACCAAGAAUAAAGAAAAAAUAGGAGAUAUAUUAAAAGCGGCAAUAAAAGCCAAAAUUGGCGAAAACGAAAAACACAUGGCGGAAGACCAGCUGCCGGUGGAUGGACAUUCAAUAGAAAAAGACAAAGAAUUGGACAUGGGAAAAUCAAUGUCCACUGAUCCAGAAAAGAAUAAAACAGCAGGAAUGGAAAUAGUUGCAGACAAAGAACAACAUUUAACAAAAGAAAACAUUGUAAAGGUAGAGUGUAAGGAUGAAUCUAGAAAAGUCUCAAAUGAUAAGAAAUCCGAUUGUAAAAAAGGUUCAGAAGUUGAAAUGGUAUCGGAAAAAGAUGCCGUCUUGAAAGAAACAUACGGGGGGUCCGAAAAAGGACUGCAAAAAGAACAAGGUGAUACUGAAAAGUCUUCUGAAAAUCUUCUCGAAAAUGAGGUUCUCAAGAAAGGAAAAGAAAAGAAAUCUGAGAACUCUGAAAAGGUUCUAGAAAAAGAUGUUGGAAAAGCUUCCCCAACGGCCCCAGGUAAAGGUACCUUUCAAGCUGCAGAAGAGGAUACCGAACUUAAGAACGCAGGUACACAGCAAAUGAAUUCUACCCCAGGAGACUUAAGCACAGUUGAGCCCUUGGACACUUCCAAUCAAAUUGAUCAGUCUUCCGCAGAAGAACUCGUUGAAAGCAUGGACGUUACCGAACUUGAUGAAGCACCCAAGGAACUACUAGAUUGCGCUCUAGACGAAGUCAUUGCCAUGGAUGGCAUCGAACUGAGUGCAGCUACGGAGGAGCUGAUGAAAGCAUUAGGCAGUCCCAGCGGCCUGAAUUCCGAAAACACAAAUGAUAAUGAGACUGAUUUGGAGACAAAUGAUUUUAUUGAAAAUCUCCCACUUGAAACAACGGAGCCACCUGAGAUCCUCUUGAAGGACGAUGAGAACAAGGCGGAGCCGCUUACUGAAAUUGUACAUCUCGGAACACCCAGCCCCGCCGAAAAUGGUGACGCAGAAUUCGAAUCCACGCUGGAAGCAAGUGACUCUCCACCAGACGAGCCCACCACGGCGCAGAUUGUUGGCUAGUUUGUGGUGAUCAUUUGAGGUCCCGCCGCAGAAGAAUCAUAGCUGUGGACCUCAAAACCUGCCAUUUAGUAUUUGUACUGGAAUUUAAAGCAAACAAAAAUAGCACAACACUUUUUAUGUAAAUACUAUGAUCUGUUUCUCAUUGAACAAAUUAUUGUUUUCUGCUUAAGGAAUUGUUUUUGUUUUUGAUAUUCACAUCAUUAUUAUAUUAACUUUUGAACCGCGUAUUCUUGAGAAUAUAAGUCGGGCACGAAGCUCGUAUAAGUUCGUUAAUAGCUUUUAAAAAAAAUUAUUUUGUACAAACCAAAUAAAAUUAAUAUAUCUGAACGUGCACAAAGUAAACAAAAAAAAAAAUGGUUGACUUUCGACUUGUUUCAGUCAACGAAUUUUUAAAAAUGAGCAUACAGCAUACAGUUAGAAAUUGCAUACGACAAUUCAUUGUUAUGUUUCCCAAACUCCCACGAAACUUUUGAAGCAAUUUCGGAUUUGAAAAAACAUUUUCUAACUUCUCAAUGUUCAUUUACAAUGAGCAACACAGAAUCGUUUGGAGUAAUAGUCGCUGGAAGAUUAACUAGUACUUAGGUUAUUGAAUAAAAUUUAUAUUAAUGUGUAGUUCUAAGCUUAUCUCAGACGAGUGAAAAUUGUAAAGAGCUAGCAUUAAAGCAAUGUAAUUAAAA